AUGGUUCAACAGCUGUCUUUGUAUUCGAGCACUUUGGCGCCCGAGGUGGUGUUGAUCACGCUCGAGUCGCUCACGGGCAUGGUUCCGCAGCCAAUGGAACAGCACACGGUCGUCAUGCGGCCCAAGUUCCCGUUCAAGCCCGAGCAGAAAGCGGGCAAGAUCAACCAGAUAGAGUCGUACCGCAUUCGCAUGACACGCCACGGCGGCGCCAGCGACAGCGAGCUACUCUCGAACCUGCAGAGUCCGCGCUGGAACAACUGCAUCUGGACGCUCCAGAUCGUCGAUAUCCCUGCCGCGGGCAAGCGACCCGUGCUGACGCAGAACAUAUACGAGACCACCAUCGUCAAGGCGGACGAUAUCCUCGGGUACAUGGACGAAUUGGGGUACAUGCCCGAGAAGGAGUACUGGGUACGCGGGUCGCGGUUCUACUACAACGACGUGGUCAUCGAGGUGUUCCAGGUGUACCAUUGGAACGACGGGCAAGAGUUGCUCGACAAGCAGCACCAGAUCAAGUGUCUGGUGAACGUCGCGCAACUGAACGACCUCGAGAGCGUUGCCCGCGGCACGAAACAGCUCGAGGCACUGAAAGCAGAGCUGGCCGGGCUUGUGGAGCUCGACUUGUACGAAAGAACCAGCCUGGACGGCCGGGUCAGUUGGAAUUAG